AGAAGGAAUGUAUGGAUCACAUGCCACAUUUUGGGGAGUGUGAUCGCUCCGUCCAGGAGAAACCGUUGCUCCAGGAAGGCUCUGCGUAGUGUCUCGUGUUCCAGAGUGAAUGGGAAAAGCAAACGUCUUCUGGGAGGAGCCGGUUGUUGCACAAGUAGCUGUUCGCAGCUGCUGUGCGGAGCACAACCCCAAACUGAAGAACGCGCCUUUGUAGACACUGCAGGCUGUCGUGUCACGGCCUGACCAGGAGACCCGGUUUUGCUAAGAGAUGACUGGGAAUGACAGGCGAAGCAACGAGGCAUUCGGCCACCUGUGGAAGAUCCUGACCAGACUCAACGCAAAAAGCAAAAACCAGAAUACACCACCUCUGAGCGUAAAGAGAAAGUUGAAGAAGUUUCUGCUGCAGUGAAGUUGCCAGCCAAGGCAACACGCCGGAAGGCUUCAGGCAGAAAUGCUGCUCCAGUCACGGAGUCUGCAAAAAAGACUCAGUCCACUUCUUUUGACCUUUCAUCUGAAAGACCGACAGGUUCUGCAAUAGAAACAGAAAUGCUACAAAUUGAUAAAAUGCCUUGUGGAACCAAUACUUGCCUGAGUAAGGAAACACUAUCCCUUUCUCACAAGACAAUUCCAUGUCUGAGCACGAGCAGGAACACCAAAUGCCACAUCAAACCUGCUCCAGAUGGCAUCUUAACACUGAGGCCACCUAUUAAGGAGCGCAGUGUGCCAGAAUCCACGACUUCAGAAGUUGGCAAAAUGGGGAGGCUGUUCUGUACUGCUGAAGAGGAUGUUAAGCGAGGAGAAAAGGAGAAAUACAAACAGCUCUUGGAACUGGUAAAGGAAAAAUAUCCCAGAAGCCGCCCUAAUCCACAGCCGACAAGCUUCUACAAUGUUCAGGCCUACUCCAAGGAACCGAUGAUGACUGUGAGUCCCCUGGGAGAACAAAAAUACGGAGAUGUCUAUCCAUGUAUGACACUAAAAACUGGUAUCAGAUGUGUGGAUGUCUGCAGCCCACCGUGGUCUCAGAGAGGUGAUAUGAUCAGGUACUACACACCAGCAGAAACCUCUCAUGAACAGGGAAGGCCAGUGAAGCAAGCUGCUGCAGGGAGACAGUAUGGAGCUGAAAUCCCAGAAGGGAUGUCAUUCCAAUUACAUCUGGCACCUGUUGUACCAAGAAAGUCUUCUGCCCCUGGUGUGGAAGAAAAGAAAUCCCCAAGCUCAGAAAAAACAGUAGAACACUUUUCUCCACUCACAGAGGCCAUGGAGAAGGAGGUCGUUGCCGCAUUUGGCGAAGGUGAGCCAGAUGAGAUCAUGAGCAGUGCCUUCAAACUAAAGGUCACUCGUGAGGACAUCCAAACACUACAGAACCUUCGCUGGCUAAACGAUGAGGUCAUUAAUUUCUACAUGAGUCUUCUGAUGGAAAGAAAUAAGAAGGAAGGAUAUCCAGCAGUCCAUGCCUUUAGUACUUUCUUUUAUCCCAAACUCAUUUCUGGGGGCUACAGAGCAGUACGAAGAUGGACCAGAAGUGUGGAUCUCUUCAAGCAGGACCUCAUCUUAGUGCCUAUUCACUUGAGAGUGCACUGGGCGCUAGCGGUCAUCGAUGUCAGAAAGAAGACUAUCAAAUACUUUGACUCAAUGGGACAAAAAGGGCAGAAGAUUUGUGAAACUCUGUUCCGAUACCUGCAAGAAGAAAGUCAGGAAAAAAGAAAUGUGGAGCUGGCUAUUUCGGAGUGGACUCUUCACAGCAUGGAGCCGCAUGAAAUCCCUCAGCAAACAAAUGGAAGCGACUGCGGAGUUUUUAUGUGCAAAUAUGCAGAUCAUAUCUCCAGAGACAAACCAUUAACCUUUACACAGAAUGACAUGCCUUACUUCCGCAAGAAGAUGGUGUGGGAAAUAAUUCAUCAGCAGCUGCUGUGAGACAUGCACUACUAGAGUAACACUGUGAUCACCUUCGGGUGACUAACUCUUAUUUUAGUUACUUUUCUAAUACUUUAUUUGAAAAGGCAGCAGGCACACAAAUUUUCCUCUUUAGGCUAUGAAGUAGCGGUUAAGUUUUCUUUCCCAUCCCCCCCCCCCGAGUUUGGAGACAGUAACUCUCUUUGAAAUUAGCUAACGCACCUUAAGUGCAAGCCAGAAAGAUUGCUGCAAUCUCACUGAGGGAAUGUGUGAAAACAAAUGCUGUGAACCUCCAUCGCUGAGUCGGAUGCUCGUACCUCGCAGCGCACUUGGCCACCUUACAGGCAAAUGGGACACUCAUCAGUGGUGGUGGCUGUAACACUUGUGUUACCUGAACUUAUCUUCCCAAGGACAACAUGCUCAGCUGCUGUUUCCUCAAGGAGAGUUUUCUGUUUCUGGAAUACCUACAACCUACUUGAUUCCUAAAACUGGAUUUGU